UAAAGAGGACGGACGAUGGGGGCCAACCUGGGGAGGAGGCAAAGGGGCUCCAAGCACGGCCCACCCAAGGCCCACCGCAAGGCGAAUCUGAAGAAGUUCAUGGAGUAUGUGCAGACGCUGAAUGUGGAGAAAGUCAGCCGGUUGCUGGACAAAGGCCUGGACCCCAAUUUCCACGACCCAGAUACUGGAGAAUGCCCUCUGACCAUGGCUGUCCAGCUGGACUACUCGGUGGAGGUGGUCAAGGCCCUGCGCAACGGGGGUGCACACCUGGACUUCCGGACGCGGGAGGGGCUCACCGCGCUCCACAAGGCCGUCCGGUGUCGGAACCACGCCGCCCUGAUGACGCUGCUGGACCUGGGGGCCUCCACGGACUACAAGGACAGCCGGGGGCUGACCCCACUCUACCACAGCGCCAUGGUGGGCGGGGACCCCUACUGCUGCGAGCUGCUGCUGCACGACUACGCCCGGGUGGGCUGCGUGGACGAGAACGGCUGGCAGGAGAUCCACCAGGCCUGCCGCUACGGCCACGUCCAGCACCUGGAGCACCUUCUCUUCUAUGGGGCCGACAUGACUGCGCAGAACGCCUCCGGGAACACCGCCCUCCAUGUGUGUGCCCUCUACAACCAGGAGAGCUGUGCCCGGGUCCUUCUGUUCCGAGGGGCCAGCAAAGAGAUCCGGAACUACAACAGCCAGACGGCGUUCCAGGUGGCCAUCAUCGCGGGGAAUUUCGAAUUGGCUGAAAUCAUCAAAACCCACAAAGAGUCCGACGUUGUGCCUUUCCGGGAGACCCCCAGCUACACGAAGCGCCGCCGCCUGCUGCUGACGCCGGGGGGCCUCUCCUCGCCGCACCUGCUCCAGCGCUCCGCCAGCGACAACAACCUGAAGUCGGAGAGCCGUGUCUCGGCGGCGGCCAUGUCCUCCUACUCGCCGGUGCCCUCCCUGCGCGGCCUGCGCCCAGGGCUGCUGGCCGAGAUGCAGGAGGCCGGGAUCGGCAUGGGGGAUGGCAGCCUGGUCAGCACCGGCAGCAGCGCCCGCAGCGCACACAGCCGCUCCCCGUCCCUACAGCGCCUGCGCGCCGGGCUGGAGAAGGAGGCCGAUCCACACACCCUGCGGCGGAGCGGGCGCAGCAAAGCCAGCCCUUCCUCUCCGUCUCCGUCUCCGUCUUCCUCGGGGCGGGGCCCCCUGGGGGAGGCGCCCCCUUUCUCGGGGGCUGGGGGCCCCUCUCCCGCCCCCUCCUCCUCGCCCCUCCCGGCCCCCCGGGGCCCCAAGCGGAAGCUCUACAGCGCCGUCCCCGGGAGGCGCUUCAUCGCCGUCAAGAGCCACGCGCCCGCCGGGCCCGGAGAGAUCCAGCUCAACCGAGGGGAAGCCGUCAAAGCCGGACGCUCUGUCCCAUCUCUCGCUCUGCUCUCUCAUGCCCAUCCAUGCUCCACUCUGGACGGUCCGCAGCGCCAGCCGGUGCUGAGCGUCGGAGAAGGGGGCUUCUGGGAAGGGACCGUCAAAGGCCGCACCGGAUGGUUCCCCGCAGAAUGUGUGGAGGAGGUGCAGAUGCGGCAGUUCGACCCGCGGCAAGGGCCAGUUUUGCUGAAGCUCAACAAAGGAGCGGUCAAGCGCCGGAGUGGACGGAGCCCUCCGCAAGCCCCAAUUCUGGUUGCCUUCGGCCUCCCAGGCAGGAAGUCCUUCUCGGGAGUAGAAACCCGAGAGGACCGGACCAAGCGGCUCUUCCGGCACUACACCGUGGGCUCCUAUGACAACUUCACUUCCCACAGCGACUACAUCAUCGAGGAGAAGGCGGCCGUCCUCCAAAAGCGGGAGCAUGAAGGGUUCGGCUUCGUCCUCCGAGGGGCCAAAGCGGAGACCCCGAUCGAGGAGUUCACCCCAACGCCUGCCUUCCCGGCGCUGCAGUACCUGGAAUCCGUGGACGUGGAGGGCGUGGCGUGGAGGGCGGGGCUGCGCACCGGAGACUUCCUGAUCGAGGUGAAUGGUGUGAACGUGGUCAAGGUGGGCCACAAGCAGGUGGUGUCGCUCAUCCGCCAGGGGGGAAACCACCUGGUGAUGAAAGUGGUCUCCGUCAGCCGUAAGCCAGAGUCGGAGGACGUCGUUCGAAAGAAAGCCCCGCCGCCCCCCAAGAGGGCCCCCAGCACCACCCUCACCUUGCGCUCCAAGUCUAUGACCGCCGAGUUGGAGGAGUUGGCCUCGAUGCGGAGGAGGAAAGGGGAGAAGCUGGAUGAGAUCUUGGCCGCUGCAGAGCCUUCGCUGAGAGCCGACAUCGUUGAAGCCGAUUCCCGGGCGGCCACGGUGAAGCAGAGACCGACCAGCCGGAGAAUCACUCCUGCGGAGAUCAGUUCGCUGUUUGAGCGGCAGGGGAUGGCGCAUGGCGGCCCAGAGAAGCCUCACGUCUCCCUGCGCAAAGGAAUCCCGCGGACAAAAUCUGUAGGUGAAGAUGAGAAAUUUGCUGCUUCCCUAAUGGACGGGAAAUUUCCCCGGAGCACCUCCAUGCAAGACACUGUCAGAGAAGGGCACGGCAUCCCUCCCCCGCCCCAGACCGCUCCUCCCCCUCCGCCCUCCCCCUAUUAUUUCGACACGGCUCCGCCCCCGUCCUUCUCCCCCCCUCCGCCCCCAGGAAGAGUCUACGACACGAUCCGGUCAAGCUUCAAGCCGGGCCUGGAGGCCAAGCUCCACGGCCUGCCACAGGUCAUCAGCGCGGCCGAGAUGUACGACCAGGCCAGGACGGCCCUCCCGUACCCCGAGCGGCAGAAGCGGGCGCGCUCCAUGAUCAUCCUGCAAGACUCCUCGCACCUCCCCGUAGAGCCCACCGACAUCCCCCGGCCCGGCCCCUCCGCCACGCCCCCCGAGAAGCUGAAGCGCAAAGGCCGUGGGACGGUGGACAACCCUUAUGCCAACAUGGGUCAGUUCAACGUCAGCCUCUUCGCUCCCGCCAAGCCCCAGAGGAAGAAGAGCCCCCUGGUCAAGCAGCUGCAGGUGGAGGACGCCCAGGAGCGGGCAGCCCUCUCCAUGGCGGCGGUGGGGGGCUUCGUGCGGGAGCCGUCCCCCACCCGGCACGGCCACCGCCUGAGCGGCAUGGAGUACCAGCCCCAUCACCAACAGCAGCCGAUGGACGCAGGCAGCCUCCCCUUCGCCACAGCCAUUGCCGGGGCGAUGAAGGACCGAGACCGCCGCCUGGACGAAAGGCGGAAAUCCACUGUCUUCCUCUCCGUGGGGGCCAUCGAAGGGAGCCCCCCAACCAUAGAGAUGCCAUCCCUGCAGCAGUCGCGGUCCAUCGACGAACGGGUGCUGGGGAGCCGGGAUGUGCUCCUGCCUUCGCCUGUCUCAGCUUUAAAGCCAUUAAUCAGUAGUUCCUCCUCCACCUUCAUCCACCCACUCACCGGGAAACCCCUGGACCCCAACUCGCCACUGGCGCUUGCGCUGGCCGCAAGGGAGCGGGCGCUUUCCACCCAGGUCCCCUCCCGAGUGCCCACUCCCAUCCACAGCCCAGACUCAGACCGCGUGGCACCCCUAUUUGUGGACAUCCAGACCAAAGAGCAAGAGCGCGGGGAGCUGGAGGGCCUCAUAUCGCCUGCGUACUCGCCUGGAGCCAAGGCGCCAACACCAAGCGCUUUGACCCCGACGCAGAGCCACUGGGGGAUGCCGAUGAUUGCGAGGAAAGAGGGGGAGGCGCGAGCCGAGACACCUGUCAAGGAGGAGAGGAAAGCGGAAGACAGGAAGUCGAUGAUCAUCAGUAUAGUGGACACGUCGCUGCAGAAGACGGCGGGUCUCAUUAUGGUGCACGCGACGAGCAACGGCCAAGACUUAGGACUGGAUAUGAAGGAGGAGAAGAUGCCUGUCCCAGAGGGAGGCCCAGAGCCGGGCGAGCUGUCCGCCACAGAGGCUCAGCCCAGCCCCAUAGGAAAGGCCCCCGUCAGCCCCGCCUCGGACAAAACCCUAGGGCAAGGCAGCUCAGAAGAGGAAGUGGAACCCUACACGGUGACCCUGCCCCCCGCUCAGCUGUCUUCGAGCGACGAAGAGACGAGGGAGGAGCUGGCCAAGAUUGGUCUGGUGCCUCCCCCAGACGAGUUUGCAAACGGAGUCCUGGUCACCACCCCAGGCACACCCAUCAGCCAACUGGCCGCUCCAGCAGUUGCCACGCCAUCCCUACCAGCGGCAGCAGUAGCAUCUUCUACCACUGGUGGAACACCCUCAGGGAAGCCCUCUGAUGCCCCCACGGCCCCCGAGUCUGCCGCGGACUCCGGAGUGGAAGAGGUGGACACCAGAAGUUCAAGCGACCAUCACCUGGAGACCACAAGUACCAUCUCCACCGUCUCCAGCAUGUCCACGUUGUCCUCUGAGAGCGGGGAGCCCACCGACACAUACACUUCCUUUGCGGAUGGACAAACUUUUAUACUCGAGAAGCCGCCAGUGCCUCCAAAGCCAAAACUCAAGUCCCAGCUCAGCAAGGGGCCGGUUACUUUCAGGGACCCGCUUUUGAAGCAGUCUUCGGACAGCGAGCUCAUCGCCCAGCAACACGCGGCCAUCCUGGCUUCCGCCAGCGUCGGCCGGCCACGCUACCUCUUUCAGCGAAGGUCCAAGCUGUGGGGGGACCCCCUGGACAGCAGGCCGAUCCAUGGGGCUGAGGAUGACAAACCAACUGUGAUCAGCGAGCUGAGCUCCCGGCUGCAGCAGCUGAACAAGGACACGCGCUCUUUGGGGGAGGAGCCCGCCGGGACUGUGCUGGACCCUGGGAAGAAGUCGCCCGUGGUGGCCGCACGACUUUUCAGUAGUUUAGGCGAACUGAGCACCAUUUCCCAGCGCAGCUCGGGCACCACCUACACCGUCCGGCCCGGCAGCCGCUACCCGGUGACCCGGCGCACCCCCAGCCCGGUCAAGCCGGCCGCCCUGGAGAGGACAGACCCCUUGAGCCCCGUGCGGCCCUACGGGCUCACCCCGCCCACCAUCCUGAAAUCUUCCAGCCUUUCCAUCCCACACGAACCCAAGGAGGUGCGCUUCGUGGUGAGGAGCGUGAGCGCCCGGAGCCGUUCCCCGUCGCCCUCCCCGUCGCCCUCGCCGGCCUUGCACGCCCUCCACCCGCCCCGGCCCUUCAUGCAGAAGCCCCUUCACCUGUGGAACAAGUACGACGUAGGGGACUGGCUGGAGAGCAUCAACCUGGUGGAGCACCGAGACAAGUUCGAGGACCACGAAAUCGAGGGCACCCACUUGCCGGCGCUGACCAAGGAGGACUUUGUGGAGCUGGGGGUGACGCGGGUCGGGCACCGCAUGAACAUUGAGCGGGCACUCAAGCAGCUGGUGGACAGCUGACCGUUGUCCCCGCCGGUAGGUCAAACAGGACAUACCUACUAGACGAGUAAACAGGAACCCACGGGAUUCUCUUUCUAUUCUACUCUGACCACUGCACUGAAGGGCGGGGAGCUGGCAAGUACCUACUCUCUCUCCUCCCUCUCUAUCACACGCACACAGACACACACACAGGCCCCUCGGGGAACAGGAAUGCUGCAUGAAGGGACACCCCACUCCCCAGCGUUGUUGGGGGGCUGGUCUUUGUAUCUCCUGGCGUGCCCGUCCCCAAGAGAGUCACUGCUGAGCAGGUGCUUCUGGGGGAGGGAAGAGGUCACUCCACUUUUCGAAUGUGAAUGUGUGGUGUGCGUGUGGGGCACACCGGUGAAGACUCAGAUCACAUGCCAAGGAGGGCACUGAAGCGGAGGGAUCCUGGACUGGGUGGAGAGCAGUCCCAAUGUAGUGGGGCUGGAGGAGGCAACGCUCCAGAGAGGCAAGGGCGAGCACAGGAUCUGUUGGGUCCUAACAGAGCUAUUACUUCGUAGCUCUGCGUGCAUUCGUGCUUGUCUCUAUGAAGAUAAAAUACACCUCCUGAGGAAGGGGCUGGACCCCUUGCCAGUGGGUCAGACAUGGUGGCCCAGGUCCAGGUUCUGUGAGUAGCUGUGGAGAGGGGAAGCCCUCUUCGUGGUCUGCUGACUGGGAAUCCCCAUGUGGAGAGGGGUGGUGCAAGGCCAGAAUACAUGCGCUGGCUGUUCAGCUGGCAGAGAGCAGUUCUGCUGGUGAAGCAGGAAAGGGACAACCCCUAGCGAGAGGGCCUGCCUCCCCACCCCAAUACACACACGCACACAUACACACUCACUGUCUCUCUCACACACACACACCAGUUUCUCCAAGCCCUGCCCCAACACAAUCAUCAUCUCAUUGGCAGGAAGACCCAAAGACUGGGCAGGACUGGGGUGAGGGCGCGAGCGAGAGAUGAGAGAGAAACCACACACACAAAGAGAAGGACCUGCCUUUUGGAGGACUGUGUUCUUUGCCCUGGCGAGAGGGGGUCCGAAGUCGCAUGGAUAGAAGCAUGUUUGGGGGCAUCAAAAAAGGGAGGCAAGUGGAGAACCCAGCAGCUUCCGCUUUGCCAACAUUCAUGGGGUGGGGGGAGGUUGCAUUUUCUCUGGGGUCACGGGACGCAUCGAAGGAGUCUAUAAAUCUCUGUGCAUUUCUGUAGAUUUGGUGGUCCAAGCGAGAAGGAUGCCGACGCCAGGAUCCCGCCCACUCUGUCCUAGUCACUCAUUUUUGCAUCUCUUUUUAAUCAGCUAUAUAUUUGAAAAGGAAAAAAGAACAAAUAUCUAUAUAUCUAUAUCUAUAGCCACAUUGUUUUGUUAUGGUUUACAAAAGCUAUAUCUCGCUAGAGGAGGAUGUGGGGGCUCACCGGCCCUGCCUGCAACGCUUGUGGGAGUUUUUAGUGACUGACUGAAUGAAUGUGAGAGAAACAAAAA